AUGUUCAGAAACUCCGUCAGACUGUUCAGCGUGGCUGUUCCACGCCUGAACAAGAGUCCUCGUUUCGUCACGACGCUCAAAGAAGCAUCCAAACCUGCUCUUGAAAAGUCUAGACCCAUCACAAAACCCAUAGGCUUGGAGUCUCCAGUACUCUUGAACCACAAGCUUGGAGACACCUAUUCGUUGACGAACAUUAAACAGGAAUUGUUCAGUUCGGAGGCAAAAGAAAGAAGACAGAAAAAGCUCGACUACGAGAUCAGACACUCGCCGUUCUAUGAAACAAAGUCGUUCAGAAACACUAAUGGUAAGAUCUUCACCCCACCGAUCUCAUUUUUCAAAAAGGACAAAGCUCUAUAUUUCCCCGACUUCAUCUCGAGCACUUUGGAUGGCCAGUCGAGGAGUUUAUACGAAAUUUUAGCUGACAAAGUCAGCAUUGUUAGAUUGUAUUCCACAGUUUCUGGCGAACAGUGCAGUCAUUCGUAUUUCAAAGUUGACGGCAAGGACUAUGCACAGGGAGAUUAUGGAGUUUUUGAGGAGAAUCAUCCACAGAGCCAGAUUAUCGACAUUAACAUUCCCCAGAACUGGAUGAAGGGAUUCUUGUUGGGUCUUUCCAAAUCCAACAUCAAAAAGACCAUUUCUCCUCAGAGACACAACAAGUACUUCAUUCUUCCAGACCAUAUCUUCCAGUACAGCUUGCGCGAAAAAUUGAUGUGCGAUAAUAUGUGCUCGGGCUAUAUCUACCUAUUGGACCACAACGGGAAGCUCCGUUGGGCCACGAGUGGUUAUGCCAAUGACGAGGAAUUGGCUUUGAUGUGGAAGUGCGUGAGAGGCUUGGAAAAGGAGUUGAGUAGUCUUAAGGAUUGA